CGCAUAUCUCCGUCAAGGGAUCGAGGCAAGGAUGCAGGUUAUUCCGCGACACCCAGAAAGCUAGCAAACUAUUCCCCUUGCCUGGGAGGUGGGGACAGCGACAGUUGGCUAGAUGCCAGCUAUGCAUACAACGGUCUCCUCUUCCACUAUGCGCCUUCUCUGUUGGGUGAUCUGGGCUUGUUGUCGUCGAGUUUUGGUGUUCGCUUGUGGUUUCGCCCCUGGUCUCUUUUCUUUUCUUUUCUUUUCUUUAUUUUCUUUCUUUUCUUCUGAGCAUCAAUCUAAUCGUUCGUGUUUUUCAUAUUGACCCCAUAAAACCAUGACCAUAAAAAAGGGCCCCUGUGCGGACAUCGCCUGCCACUCCGAGCAUCGCAGCUGGCGGUCACUGGAGUCAAGUCUAGCAUGGCCCGGGAACGUGGCCAAUGACCCUCGGAACGGCCAGGCAAUUCUGGUCCUCAGUUGGGUAGUCCUGCAACAGUACUACCAGCAGGGCAUGUCUGGCCCCGUGGGUGUGCUCGACAUCCUGACAUCUCGCAGCAAUGACUACCGCGACGGUCUCCGUGUGUUGGACAUUGCCCUUGACCAAGACCUCUCGAUUUGCGAGGGAUCGAAAUCGAUUCAGAAGCGAAUCUCAGAUUCUCCACUCGUGGAAGAUCGAUCGUUGACAAAACUCCCGGCCAUUCUUUUGUACCGGAAUGGAGAUAAGCCAGAAUGGAAUGUGUCGUCCGCCGUUGGGCAACGUCUAUCCAGCACCUUUCCACUCGCCCCCAUGUUCUUGGACUGCAAGCACCAGGAUCAAAAUCUAUCUGUUAGCAUGGUCUUUGAUGAUGCAUCCAUUGAUACGCCGCACUGCCAGGCUUUCCUCGACCAGUUUAUUUGGACAGUCUCCCAAGCACUAGGCCGUAGUGACUUGGUGAUCCGGGACCUCAUGCAGAUCAGCCCACCUGCACUUGAUCGCGUUCUGGAGGUCAACAAGCGGGUUCCGGCACGCCUGGAUAUCUGUGUCCAUGACAAGAUUCAAGAGUGGUGUCGCGACUCCCCAGAGUCCCCGGCCGUUGAGUCAUGGGAUGGAACUUUUACAUACGGUGAGCUCGACCGUCUGGCGGCGAAGCUCGCAUCCCGCCUGACACACUCCGGGGUCGGCCCUGAGACAUUCAUCCCAAUCUGUACGGAUAAAUCAAGAUGGGCAGUGGUUGCCAUUCUUGGUGUAAUAAAGGCAGGCGCCGCGUUUGUCCUGUUGGACCCCUCAUGGCCUUUCCAGCGGUUGCAGUCUAUAUGUCAGGAGGUCCGGCCAACCAUAAUAUUGUCCUCCGAGGCGCAUGCCGACCGGUGCUCACAUCUCGCCAACGUAAUUGCCAUCGAGCAUCUGGACCAAGGCUGGUUUCCGCAGCAGGGCAACUUCAGACCACCGCAAGUGGACGCCGACAACGCGCUGUAUGUGGCCUUCACAUCGGGAUCGACUGGGCGGCCGAAGGGGGUGGUGAUCGAACAUGGUUCAUACUGCACGGGAGCCCAGGCACAUUGCCGAGCGUUCGGGAUGGACCGUACAUCCCGAGUUUUGCAAUUUGCGUCUUACGCCUUCGAUGUCAGCAUCAUGGAGUUGCUGAGCACCCUGAUGUCAGGAGGGUGUGUGUGUGUCAUGCCAGACGCUGCACGCACCGAUCCCGCGCUAUUUGCGCAGGUAGCUGGGAAGCUUGGUGUUACCCACGCCCUUCUUACACCUUCGUUCGCCAGGAUGCUCCCUUGGGAGCAGAUGCCGCAGGUGAAGACCCUCAUAUUGGGCGGCGAAAAGAUGCUCGCGUCUGACGUGGCCGCUUUCACCCGCAGAGGAAUUACCUUAUUCAAUGCCUACGGUCCGGCGGAAUGCUCGGUCAAUGCAUCCGUACAACAGUUGGAGGAGGGCUGCCCACCAAACACCAUCGGACAGCCCACCGGGGCUGUCGCGUGGAUCGUCGAUCCGGAUGAUUGCGAGAGGCUCAUGCCUACUGGGGCUGUCGGGGAGCUCCUCAUCGAGGGCCCCAUCGUAGGCCGUGGUUAUUUAAACAACGCGGAGGCCUCGAAUCGGGCGUUUAUCGAUCCGCCCAAAUGGCUGCAGCUGCUGCCCCGGGGCAUAAGUCAGAAGAGAUUGUAUAGGACUGGCGACCUGGCGUUCCAAGACGCAAAGGGCUCUCUUGCUAUUGUCGGCCGCAAAGACGGACAGGUAAAGGUUCGUGGACAGCGCGUGGAGCUGGCCGAGGUGGAGCACCAUAUCUCUGAGAUCUUUGACGAGGUCACCGACGUUAUUGUAGAGAAAGUCCGCCACGGAAACCUUACAGGUUUUGUCUUGCCAGGUUCCGUGCUAGCAUGCCAGGUGAAGGAGGAAGCCAUGGAAUCUCUUCUUUUUAAACCAACUUCCGCAUAUGUUGCGCGAGCUCGCUCCGUGCUGGACCGCCUGCGACAGAGGUUGCCAGCAUAUAUGGUUCCAACGGUGCUCAUCCCACUGAGAUACAUUCCACGACUGGCUUCCACCAAGGUGGAUAGACGGCUCCUUCGCCAACAUGCAGAUCAAAUGUCACCGGCUGAAUUAAAGAUGUACCUUUCGGAAGACCACAAAUCUGCUCCCUCGAAUGAGGCGGAACACGCCAUCCGAAACCUAUAUGCCGCAACCUUUGGCGUCCCCGUGGAAGCCAUCGGGAUGGAAGACACUCUCUACAGCUUUGACGGGGAUUCAAUUUCGGCCAUUAAACUGGUCGGAGCCGCGAGGCAGGCAGGAUUUGACGUGGCCAUCGGCAGUCUACUUAGUCGGUUGUCGUUGCGGGAGCAGGCGGGUGCAAUGAGAAAAUCGCUUCCUGAGCCGUCCUCAACCGCAAGGGACUUACCAUUCUCCAUGAUUGACCCAAACACCCGAGCCGAGGUUUUUAGUGUAGCAGCGGAGCAAUGUGACCUCGAACCGGCCCGGAUACAAGAUAUCUACCCUUGCACCCCAAUGCAGGAAGGCAUGCUUGCGGCCUCCGUACGGACGCCCGGCAAGUAUGUCGGCGAGAUUAAGUUCCGCGUCCCUAGAGAUACAGAUACGACUCGACUCCAAGAAGCGUGGCAAUUGACGGCGGAUAUGAAUCCCAUCCUUCGUACCCGAAUGAUUGAGACAGGCCGUGGCUUCUUCCAGGUGGUCGUACAAGACAAGAUCGAUUGGCUGGAAGGGGACCCGGAGUCAGGGCCUCCUGGAUGUGGCUGGAAAUAUCUGGGUGGUCCACUGAUUUGCUUUCGUCAACAGCCUCAACAAGAGGAAUUGACCGUGGUUGUCCACCAUGCGCUCUGUGAUGGCUGGUCGAUCGAGCUGCUUCAGGGACAGGUCGACGCAGCAUACCGGGGAAAUGCUACCCCAGCCACCAAGCCCUUCAGUCGUUUUGUCCAUCAUGUCCAGACCCUUCCUGGGGCUGAGGAGUUCUGGAAGUCGCAGCUAGAAGGGUUGGAAGCCCCAACCUUCCCAACUCUACCGUCGGUAGACUACCGUCCCUGUCCUUCCGCGGAGUUUCGACAUAUGUUGGCGGAUCUGGAGAAGCCAAAAGGCGGAAAUACAUAUGCCGCCUAUCUGCAGCUGGCCUGGGCCCUCUUGGUGGCUCAUUAUACCGACUCAGAAGCAGUGGUAUUUGGCAUAACCAACACAGGGCGUACUGCGCCUGUCUCUGGGGUGGAAAGUUUGGUUGGACCCACCAUCACAACAGUCCCCCUCCAAGUUCAUGUCAAGCAAGGGGACAGUGUGGACGGCAUUUUGGAUCAGAUUCAGAAUCGAGUUGUCUCAUUGCUUCCGUAUGAGCAGGCAGGGUUGCAACUCAUUGCCAAAAGCAGUCCAGAUGCAGCAAAGGCCUGUGCUUUCCAAAGCCAACUACUCGUCCAACUUCAAGAAAACCCGGCUGAAAGUACUUUUCCCGUUCUGUCCGGCUCGGCAGCCACUGGCAUGUCUUACCUUCCCUUCGCAUCAUAUGGCAUUUUUCUUGCCUUCAAUGUUGGAGAGGCCAGUCGUAGCCUUGAGAUCCACGUUAGCUAUGACCCCAAGGUUCUCAGCGCCGUUGAGGUUGGGCGGAUCGUCUUUCAAUACGAGCAUAUUCUCCGACAGCUAUUCCAAUCGCCACGGAAAGCCGGCAUGCCUGUCAAGGAGAUCGAGAUGAUCAGUCCGCAGGAUGCGCAAGUCCUACAGAAGUGGAAUGGAUCUAUCCCAGUUAGGAAUAAUUGUUGUCUGCAUGACCUGGUCCUGGCCCAACACGCUUUGGAACCAAACAGGACGGCGGUCUCGUCCUGGGAUGGGGAUCUUUCAUACCAGCGCCUGGACGUGUUAUCUUCCAAGCUAGCUCGCAUUCUUCACACACGUGGUGUUGGCCUAGGGUCAGCGGUGGCCAUUUGCAUGGAAAAGAGCAAGUGGUCCGUCAUAGCAAUUCUCGCUGUCUUGCGUACCGGCGGCGCGUGUGUUCUGCUGGAUCCGCAGUACCCGCGACACAGGAUACAGGAGAUUAUGGCGGACAGUGAUGCUAGCCUUUUGAUCACUUCCUCUUCAACAGCCUCGCUAACCGAUCGACUCUGUGCCAGCCAAGUUGAGAUCUCUUCACAGUUCACAGAGCAGGUAGAAGAGCAGCCAUCUGACUGGGCCUAUGAUAUCCCGGUUUCGCCUCAGGAUACCGCCUUCAUUCUGUUUACAUCUGGUAGUACAGGACGAGCAAAGGGGAUAAUCAUGCCGCAUUCAACUCUGGCGACCAGUAUCCUGCAUCACCGGGAGGGAAUAAAUGUGGGUCGUGAGAGUCGCUUGCUGCAUCACUCAUCCUUUGCAUUUGACAUGAGUAUUUAUGAGAUCUUCACCACGAUGGCUGGCGGCGGCUGCGUCUGCAUCCCCUCACAUUUCGACAAGAACAACGACAUGGCAUCGUAUAUUGCCCGCGCUGACGUCAACUGUGCCUUCUUUACUCCAUCAUCGAUACAGAUCCUCCGUCCCUCCCAGGUGCCGAUGCUAAGAACUGUUGUUUUGGCUGGGGAGAACGUCACCGAGAGUGUAGCCGAUCCCUGGACAAAGGAGCGCACGCUAAUCAACGGUUACGGACCGGCCGAAGCUACCAUCUGUGGCGUGGCGACAAUCUCCGACGAUGGAUGGAAACCGGGUGUGAUCGGCCGCAUAGUUGGGGGCGUUGGAUGGGUCGCGCAACCCUCCGACCCAUCCAGGUUGGCAGCUAUUGGCGCCGUGGGCGAACUUCUCCUUGAAGGUCCCAUCCUCGCACGUGGGUACCUGAAUCGCCCCGAUGCAGACGCCGCUGCGUUUUUGUCCUGGCCCGACUGGAGGGUCAGCUUGCCCGGAAACACCGACAACGCCGAUCGGCGUCUUUACCGCACGGGGGAUUUGGUUCAGUAUCAGCACGAUGGCUCCCUCCGCUAUAUUGGACGCAAGGAUACCCAGGUUAAGCUGCGUGGUCAACGCAUCGAACUAGGCGAGGUUGAAACAACCCUAAAAAACGUAUUUCCUGGCGCAGAGGAGGUCAUGGCCGAUGUGAUCAAGUAUCCAUUGGCCCAAAACAACACCCAGCUCAUCGCCGUGGUCAAGCAAGCCCAGGGGGCGUCGAACGGGCAAGGGAGCUUAGGGCCCAUUCUCGCCCCUGCUGAGGCGACUUUCCUACAAAGUGCGCAAUCGGCUCUGGCCAAGCUCAAGAUACUUUUGCCUGCCUACAUGGUGCCAUCCAUCGUCAUCUCGGCUUUCCGGUUUCCUCGUACGUUAACGGGGAAGCUGGAUCGCCGGAGCCUCAAAAGCGCUCUAUUGGCCCUAUCCCACCGGGAGCUGCAAGCGUAUUCCUGCAAAUGUCCCGAGCAAAAGGAAGCUCCUGCCACGGACUACGAGCGGAGGCUCCAGGACAUCUGGCAAAAGAUACUGGGCAUCCCACACGCUGAGAUUGGAGUGGAUGACCAGUUCCUGAGUCUAGGGGGUGACUCGGUCGCUGCCAUGAGAAUGGUUGCAGUGGCGAGACGUGCUGGGUUCUCUUUGACUGUGGCAGAUGUGAUGGAGGGUAGUACGCUGCGAUCGUUGGGUCGCCUUCAGAACACGACAUCACCACCCACAUCGUCGUCGAGAUGUCGAGAAUCCCUUGGAUGCGAAAAGUUACUAGCCAGUCGAGUAGACAGUGGAUGCCUACCAACGGGAUCCAAAAUCCGGCAUGUGUUCCCUACGACUUGGUCCCAGUCCUUCUUGAUUGCACGAUACCCAUGGACGCAUUUCUGUUUUUCUUUCGCUGGAUGGCUGGACCAGGGUCGUCUGGAAGGGGCAAUCGCGCGUCUGACCCAAGCCCACAGUAUUCUUCGCAGUCUUUUCAUAGCUCAGGACGGGCAGCCUCUUCACGUCAUUUUAGAAAGCAUUGAUACCCCGCUGCAUGUAAUGACAACUCCCGAGGAUGUGCAGACAGUGACCAAGACGCUAUGUCAGUCCGAGCAGAAUGCCCCGGUUACGAGCUCUGUACCACCCACACGAUUUACCCUGGUCACCAACGUAGCGGCUGCGCAACACGUCCUACUGAUUAGGCUCUCACACGCGCAGUACGACGGGAUGUGCAUUCCAACACUCUUUCAUGAUCUGGAAUCCCUUUGUAACCUUCCAGAGGCUGCUAUACAACAGACCGAUUUUGAAGACUAUCUCCACGCCCGCCCCCACAGCCAGAACUCGGACAGCCUCGACUUCUGGGGCAACUACCUGCAGGGUUCUCUCAUGACCAGAUGGCCCAGUACUAGUAUCAAGAUCGAAACUGACGCGGUGACUCGUGGCUUUUCCGCACUGGAGUUGUCCGUCCAAGCCAUACCUUCUGGUAUCACCGCAGCCACGUUGGUCAAGGCAGCAUCGGCCGUGGCCGUGUCCCGGCGGACCGGAACCACGGACGUUGUUCUGGGCCAGACCGUGAACAACCGGAGCCUGCCCGUAGCAGGGAUCGACGAAAUCGUCGGGCCGUGCGUGAACUAUGUUCCAUUUCGCGUGGCGAUCCAACCAUCCAUGACGGGACGAAUGUAUCUGGAGCACGCGCAGCGCCAGUCCACGCGCAGUCUCGGGCACGAGUGGGUGGACCUGGACCAGAUCGUUCAACAGUGCACGCAGUGGGAGUCUGGCAGUGGGUUCGGCUUCAUCGUCCAGCACCAGAAUAUCGAGCGUGACCUUGGCCUCUGCGUUGCGGGCAACAAGUCACAAGCGUUCUCAUCGGCCGGCCGGCUUUAUCCGUCAACUGAGGUUUGGAUCUGUUCAACGCCGACCUCGACCGGGAUAGACAUCGAGGUAAUCGCCUCUCCCCAUGUCUUGGAACCGGCUGUUGCCCAGAGCUUGUCGGAAGAGAUUUCCAAGGCGCUGCAGGAUCUCGUCAGUGAGGGGUUGGAUUGUCUGAUGGGGGACAUGGGGAGUGUCAACCAAGAUGCUCGGAUCCAGCAGCAGUGAAACACCUUCCCUAAUUAGGCAUGCUAUAUAUAUACCACAUAAAUUAAUUCGCCGUCACUGCAGGAUACG